GUGCGUCACUAGUGCGUCAAAAUUAAUGUUAUCUGUGACAAUCAAUGUCAAAUUCUUUUUCUUGAUCCCGGUUCUAAUAUCAUAAAUGGCUCCACCACAGCCCAAAGCGGCGGCUAAGGCCCCCGCAGCCCCUAAGAGCCGAGUCAAGAAGGCCAAACUUGGCAAAGCAAGGAACUAUGAUUUGGGCAAUGGAAUCGUUCGUUUCUCGAAGUCGAAAAUGUUUCACAAAACUGCCAAAUACAAGUUUGUCGGCAAGAAGAACCCCAAAGCGCCCAAGACCAAGAAGGCGACAAUUGCUGUAAAGCCCAUCGGUGGUGAGAAGAACGGAGGAACCCGUACAGUGCUGCUCCGCCGCAGGAAGGCAUUCUACCCCACUCAGGACAAGAUCAAAACGCACCGCCACCACAAGUGCUUCAGGAAGCACGAGCGCAACAUCAGGCCGAACCUCACAGUGGGUACCGUGUGCAUCCUCCUCGCUGGCAGACAUGCCGGCAAGCGAGUGGUGCUCGUUGGUGUGCUGCCGAGCGGCCUGCUCCUGGUUACUGGACCUUUUGCUUUCAACUCGUGCCCGCUCCGUCGCAUCCCGCAACGAUACGUGAUCGGCACGAGCACUAGAGUGGACCUCAGCGACUUCAAGCUGCCGGCCCACCUCAACGAUGCGUACUUCAAGAAGAACAAGAAGAGCGCCAAGCGUAGUGUGAAACGGAAGGAAGGGGAAGACAUCUUCGCUACUAAGAAAGAGAAAUACGUUCCAUCCGAACAACGCAAGACGGACCAGAAGACGGUGGACGAGGCGGUGAUCAAGGCGAUCGGCAAACGCGAAGACAAGAAGGCGCUCCGGGGCUACCUCAAGGCGGCCUUCGGGCUCCGGUCCAGCCAGUUCCCGCACAGACUGCGAUUUUAGUUUGGAAUAAAUGUUUAUGACUA